AAGAAGAAGAAUUGACAGAUUACAGGCUAGAUUUGUGAUUAUUUUACAAAUGUGUUUGGGAAAAACUAUAUUAGGAGUAGUAUAUAUUCCAUUUUAGAGUUAAAUUUUGUUUGUAUAAUGAAGUGCUACUAUGAAGUUUUAAAUAUAACUCAAAACGCCGAUGAAUCAGAAAUAAAAUCAGCGUACAGAAAACUGGCACUAAAAUGGCAUCCCGAUAAAAAUUUAGAGAAUCCCGAUCAAGCAAAGAAUCAAUUUCAAAUAGUUCAACAAGCAUAUGAUGUAUUGAGUGAUAGACAAGAGAGAGCUUGGUAUGAUAACCAUCGCGAACAAAUAUUGCGAGGCAGUAAUUCAGAUUUCGAAGAUAAAAGCCUAAAUGUCUUCCAAUAUUUCACAACAUCGUGUUUUCAAGGAUACGAAGACGAUGAAAACGGAUUCUACACCGUAUAUAGGAACGUAUUUCAAAAAAUUGCCGAAGAAGACAUCGAAUUUAUGGAAGAUAAAGAUGAAUUUAUCGAAAUUCCCGGUUUUGGUGAUUCCAAAAGUGAUUUUAAACACGUAUCUGAAUUUUACGCGUUUUGGAUUAGUUAUUCCACGAAAAAAUCAUUCGUUUGGCUUGAUCCUUACGACGUUAAAAACAUAAGAGAUAGAAAAUAUUUGAAAUUAAUUGAAAAAGAAAAUAAAAAGGUGAGAAUGAAGGCUCGUAAAGAAAGAAAUGAAGAAGUAAGGAAUUUGGUAGCGUUUGUAAAAAAGAGAGAUAAAAGAAUACAGGCACAGAAGAAAAUACAAGAACAGAAGAUAUUAGAGGAUAAAAAGAGAAGGGAAACAUUGAGUAAGCAAAAGAAAAUAGAGAGACAGCAAGAAUUAGAUAAGGCGAGAUUAUCAUGUCAAGCACAAUGGAGUAAAUUCGAAAACGUCGAGUCUGAAUUAGAACAAAUUGAAUCUCAGCUAGUGGAACAAUUUGGAGACUUGUGUUCAGAUGAUGAUGAAGAUUUAGAUAAUUUAUACUGUAUUGCUUGUUCGAAAUUAUUUAAAACCCCCAAAGCCUUUGAAAACCACGAAAGUAGCAAAAAACAUAAAGAAAAUAUGGAGUUUUUGAAAAGUAGUAUGUUAGAAGAAGAAAUUUCCCAAAAUAUAAGUGAAAAUAGACAAAUUAGUAGUGCAGAAAGUGAUACAGAAUGUGAAGAAAUAGAAGAUACGAAUAAAAAUAAGAAGAAAAAGAAGAAAUCCAAAGUUAUUGUCAUUGACGAAGAUGACGAACUUUCUAAUUAUAAUACGACGUUUCAAACAACAGAAGACACUGGAUUUGAUGAUUCAGUUAAGAAACAGAAAAAGAAGAAUAAGAAAGAUACAAAAACUAAAGUUUCUAAAGAUACAUUCGAUAAUGGCGAUAUAGAAGAAGUUAAUUCACCUGCAUCUGAGAAUUUAAAUAUGAACGGGACUAAAAAAAAGACGUGUGUACUGCUUUCCUGAUAUUUUUGUUUGUAAUCCAGUAAUUAUGGACGAUAUUAUGGAAAAUAAUGAAAAGUUUUUCACUCAUUGCUACGAACAGUCUACAAGAAAAUAUAAAAUUCGACUCUAUAGUUAUUUUGGUAAUGGAAACUGCAGUUUUCCAUUAUAAAUGAUUGAUAAUCCCACUAAUGACAUUUUUAAGUGCUGUCAUCUUGACUUUCAUUUUUACCUCAGGUAUAGAUAGCCUAAGUUUGACGUCACAGAGACGGGCGGAGCUUAUACCGACUCCAAACAAUUUCGUGGAUAAUGGUAAAUGCCCAUAAGCAAUUUUUCAUUGUGUUUUCGUGAUUUAUGUGAUAAAAAAAACUUUUCAAUUGUAUAUAUUGAGAGAUUUUUAUUAGUCUUUCUCCAGGUGAGUUAAUUUAACAUAUUAAUUCUGCUUUAAAACUUGUUAAGAUUAUGUCUAUUUUAUUUUUGCAGUACCUUUUUGUUUGUUUUAUUUGCAGAUCCCUUUGUUGUUAAGAAAAUAAUGGCUUUUAA